UGACAACUGAGAGAUGUGCAGCUAUUGAUUUCAGUUGUCGAUCUGUGCCCUUCUUCUUUCUCACUAUAUUGUGAUGGCCCUUUGCGACAACGAGAAAGCCCCAGGGAAGACCAUGCCUCGUUUACUAAAGGGAUCUGUCCUCAAGAAUAUGGAAGGACUAGCGACGAUGGCUAUUUUCUACACCGUCCUACAUUUCGCAGCAAUUCUUGCGGUGACUUGGUCAUGCAGCGCCCUCACCAGUGCAUCUCGCCGUUCUGCAGACUUGGUACACAAGGCUCUGCUGCCGCCAUCAAGUAAAACUCCAAAGGACUCUGAACUGCGGCGCCAGCUGCAGCUGUUCUCGCAGCAGCUGCUGCAUCGUCAUCCACGUAUCACCGCCUGUGGGCUUUUUGUCAUCGAUCUCAGUAAUAUUUCAUCAAUGUUGGCUGCUGUUGUUUCCUAUCUAGUGGUAAUUGUUCAGCUCAGUGUCACACAAAAUUCUUUUGCAGAAAGUGGAAACCAAACAGCCUCCACCUAGAGUUGCGGCAAUGUGACAAACCAUCUUUAGUUGGCACAGUAACACUGAUGCAGACGUUUUGUGCUACAGUGGUGUUGAGAUAAAGCGCCACGUGAAA